AUGAAGACCAAGACCAAGACCGCAGGCCCCUCUGAGAUCAAGACCGACGCACCGAAACUGAACCGCCAAGAACGCGCCGUCAUCAUGAAACUCCUCGGGGGCGUGAGGUCCUUCACCUUCAACCCCCUCACCAGCGAGGAGUCGGCCCUCGUCAAGGCCACGAUCCCGCGCCUCAUCAAGGCCUCCAAGGACCCGCUCAUGCCGGAUGCCGAUCGCUUCUUCAACGACGAUUCGGAUAACCCAACCUUGUUUGGCGACGCUCUUCGAGUGAUUAUGCAGCUGAAGGCGUGGUAUGGGCCUACGGCGUCUCACUGA